AUGCACACUGUUGGCCAAAAAAUAUUUGGAAGAUUUCGAUUAGACUCUGCGCCUAAACGACGAGCUCAACCGCAGCUUUUAGUGACUGGCAGGCCCACUAAGCAGUCACGAAAGGCACAUACGAAAUCUCGCAACGGGUGCUCGACAUGCAAACGGAACCGAGUCAAGUGUGAUGAAGCUCGACCGUUCUGCGGCAGAUGCUCUAAACGCCAAGACGUUUGUGUAUACGAGGAGAAGCCUUCUGCUGAACUUAGAGUCGAUGACGGUCUGCAAGGAAUAGUCCUUUGUGGCCAGUCCUUAGACAACCGGGCAGAACUCGAACGUGUACAAUGGCGUAUUGAGUCUGACCUUACAUGCUCACUCAUCAACAAUCGGCUGAAUCAUGGUUCACCACAGCCAUUCCCAAGAAAAACAGACACCCCUGCCACGGCCUUGACACCAAAUACGCACCUGGCACAACACCUGGCCCGAUGCAUCGACACGUCAUUUCAGUCUUACCCAGGGUGCCAAUUGUUCCAUCAAUUUGUUUUGCCCAACUGUGCAGCUACUCCGGCGCUCAUGCAUAGUCUCCUUGCGCUAUCUGCUCGACAGCUGCAAUACUUUCAGCCUUCGUGCCGGCUUCAUGAAAGAGCCUACCUUUUCCACACACAGGUCGCUACAAAAUUACUAAAUGAAGAGCUUACACAAGCUACCAUAGCAGCUCAGAAGCUGGAUUUUAUAUUUGCGACAUGCUUGGUAAUCAAUAUGAUAUCCUUCGCCACAAAUGAGACUAUCCCUUCGAACUCCUGGUUGUUCAUGUCCGAUAGCGCGUCCAUUGACAAUGAUAUCAACUGGUUCAUGGUACAGCAAGGAAUGGGCUACUUGUCGAAAAUUCUCAAUCGCAAUCCCAAUGGUAGCGUUUGGAGCACAGAGCUAGAUGCCGACACAUCGUGCAACCCACCUUUCGUCAUUAGCGAUGGCCUUCCCUCUUAUUCAGACGUGGGGCUGAUACCCCAAACACUAGCCGAAAUCUGUUGCAUCACUGCAGACAGCACCCCAGAGAAUAACCCGUACUGUAUACCUCUUGUGUUACUUUCCCGAGCCUUCCGAAUCAAGAGCUUGGGGCUCGGCAACCUCAACAGCUAUUUAUCAUUCGGCCCAUAUGUACCGCAGUCUUAUCGCUUCCUGCUUCGCCAGAAAGAUGAGAGGGCACUGCUGCUUUUUAUGCUAUGGUUGAUGUUGUUCCAAGAAGAAACAUGUUGGUGGAUUGGCGCGCGCACAAGAAAUGAAUACACAGCCGUGUCGUGGCUGCUGAGCCGGAGUGAAGACCGGAUGAUCAGAGAGGUGGCUCGUGAUCCAACAAUUUUUAUCCAAUCUAAUCCUUCUCGGUAG